GUCUGAUGCUGUUCUCGCCGGCAUCUCUGUUCGCGGUCCCUUGCUGUCGAAUUCAUUUCCAUAUGGAUUCCUCGUUUCUGAAAGAUCUGUGAAUUAAUUCUGUGGGCUGAUUUUCUGAACUAACGGCCAUGUUUUCCGCGUUAUGUGUAAAUAAUAAAAUGACUCAUGUAGCUUGGUGUGUGAGCGAAUAAGUGCCUAACUGGAGGAGCGAGAAGCAACAUUGGAAAUAAAAAGCAGCUUUCUUAUCUGUAGAGAUGUUUUCAAGGAAAAUCGUGCUAUUAUGCAUUAUAUCAGUGGGUAUUACAGUCGUAAUUUUUGACUUACGCAGGACUAUUGUACUGUCCUACGUGUGGCGGGUUAAUGGCAGGAUGAAUAACUCGACGGCUGGCAGACCUGGCUCUCUCCCCGCCGGCCAUCUUUCGUCCAGUUACCCCUCCUCCUUAAUGGCGCGACUUCAAGGCCCGUCCUUGAGCCCGAUGCGAGAGGGAGGCCCGACCUGGAGGCCGAGCGAGCACCCCGAAGAUGGCGGCGGUGGCGUCGACGCCGGGCUCCGCCAGACCGUGUUGCUGCUGAGCUCUGUCGGCCGCAGCGGCUCAAGCUUCCUGGGCGAGGUACUGGCGUCACAGGGAAGGAAUAUUUACUUUUACGAGCCCGUACGAGCCAUGCCGGAAGAAGAGCGCGUCGACAGCGCACUCGUGCUGGCGGAGCUCCGGAGGUACUUCCACUGCGAGCUCCGAGAAGGCUUCCUCGACCUGGUGAAGGAGCCGUACAAGGCGGCGCGGCACCCAGCAACCAAGGGCAAGGCGCAAGGGCAGGUCUCUACCGAGGAGGUCCAGCGGCUCUGCAGAAAGGAGCCCCUGAGAAUCAUCAAGACGAUCCGCACGCGCCUGCAGUGGGCGCAGGAGCUCCUCGAUGACGCAGAACUCAACCUGAAGGUGAUCCACCUCGUGCGGGAUCCUCGGGGCAGCACCGUCUCCAUGGCGGCCCUCGACUGGAAGAAGGGCGUCGAGGAGACGUGCAAGGCGAUUCAGCAGGAUCUUCAGUUGAAAGAGGAAAUGGAAAGAAAGUACCCGGACAGGUACUUCUUCGUGAAAUACGAGGAGUACUGCCUCGACCCCUACAGCAAGACGCGACAGAUCCUCCGCUUCCUACGGGACGGGGCCGCUGGAGCAGACCAAGGCAGGGACCAGGAAUGGGACCAGAGGGAGUACCAGGAAGGCAACCCGGAGGAGGACCAGCUAAGGAAUCAGGAAUGGGACCAGAGGGACUACCAGGAAGGAGACCAGCUCAAGAACCAGGAACGGAACCAGGAAGGGACCCAGAAAAGGGAUCACAACGGAGGCAAAGGAACCCAAAGAAGGAAGAAAGAAGACGAACAGAAAGAACACCAGGAAGGAGAACAGAGCGAGGCCCUUGACGCCAUCUCUCCUCCCCCUUCUGCUUCAGAGGACCUGCCUGCAGAGGUGCUCCUCUAUCUUGACUCCCACGUCCACAUCACCCCGGCCACCAAAAGGAGCCCCUGGACCACUGCGCGCAACACCUCGGACGUGCACCAGCAGUGGCGCAGCAAGAUCACCCAAACGAGACUGACGAAGGCGGAAGACGCGUGUCGAGACGUUAUCCUCCGCCUCAACUACACGCUCUUCGGCAGCGUCGCCCUCGCCAGGAACAUGUCUGUCCCCGUGUUUGAUUAUUAUUGGUCGCCAGCACAGCCAUAGAAGAGGACAUACAUAAACAUAUACAUACGUACACACACACACACACACACACAC